AUGACUCAAGACACUGAUUCCCAAUACGGUUUUGGAACCCAGGCCAUCCACGCUGGUGCGCCAAUUGAUCCUCACACUGGUGCUGUUAUUGAGCCAAUUUCGCUCUCCACCACCUUCGGUCAGUCCAAGCCUUCUGUGCCAUUGGGUGUUUACGAAUACUCGAGAUCCGCCAACCCUAACAGAGACAACUUCGAAAUCGCUGUUGCUACAUUGGAAAAGGCCAAGUAUGCCUUAGCUCUCGGUUCAGGAUCCGCUGCUACCGCCUUGAUUGUUCAAUCGCUCCCAGUUGACUCGCACAUCGUCUCUGGUGCUGACGUUUACGGUGGUACCCACAGAUACUUCACCAAGGUUGCCAACACCCACGGUGUCACUACUACUUUUGUCCCUGACUUGGCUCAAGACGUCAAGGGUGCUAUUAAGGCUAACACACGUUUGGUUUGGUUGGAAACUCCAUCCAACCCAACUUUGACUGUCACCGACAUCGCCAGAGUUGCAGAAAUCUUAAAGGAACAUGAAUCUACCACAGGUAUCAAGAUCCCAUUGGUUGUUGACAACACCUUCUUGUCUCCUUACGUUUCCAACCCAUUGGUUCACGGUGCCGACGUUGUUGUCCACUCUGUCACCAAGUACAUCAACGGUCACUCUGACGUUGUUAUGGGUGUCAUCGCUACCAACAGCGACUCUCUCCACGAAAGAUUCAGAUUCUUGCAAAAUGCUUUAGGUUCUGUUCCAUCUCCAUUCGACGCUUGGUUAGCUCACAGAGGUUUAAAGACGUUACACUUGAGAGCCAGACAAGCAUCCACUUCUGCUCAGCAAAUUGCUGAAUACUUGAACCAGCAUUCCAAGGUCUCUAGAGUCAACUACCCGGGUUUAAAGGCUCACCGCAACCACGAAGUUGUCGUUAGACAACACAGAGACGCUUUGGGAGGAGGUAUGAUCUCAUUCAGAAUCAAGGGCGGUGCUCAAGCUGCUUCUGAUUUCACCUCAAACACCAAGUUGUUCACUUUGGCUGAAUCCUUGGGAGGUAUCGAAUCCUUAAUAGAAGUUCCAGCUAUAAUGACUCAUGGUGGUAUCCCACAGGCUGAAAGAGAAGCUAAUGGUGUCUACGACGAUUUAAUAAGAAUUUCUGUUGGUAUCGAAGACACCGAAGACUUGAUCAAUGAUAUUGAACAGGCUUUAGCACUUGCUUAG